AUGGAAGAGGAAUCAGGACAGCAAUGGUUCUGCUCUGGCAGCCAGGAGCGCAGAGGCCGCCGAGUCAAGCAGGCGGGGAAGACAAUGCUGGAGAAGACAAAGAAGGUGCUCAAGACUAAUAGCAUUACCAUAAGGCAGAUGCUGGCAGAAGCACUGGGAACAUUCAUCCUCAUGGUUUUUGGCUUGUCUUCUGUGGCACAAGUGGUAUUGGGAAAAGGAAAUACUGGUCACUAUCUGAGCAUCAACAUGGCAUUUGGCAUUGGCGUUACCUUGGGUAUCUAUACAGCUGGAAAAAUAUCUGGAGCUCAUCUGAAUGCUGCCAUCACUGUUACACAGUGUGUUUUAGGAAACAUCUCCUCGAAAACGCUUGUAGCUUAUGUGAUCGGCCAGUUCCUGGGCUCCUUUUUGGCAGCAGCCACCGUCUUUGCUCUCUACUACGAUGCUCUUUAUGACUACACCAAUGGGAGCUUUACGGUGACAGGACCAACUGCCACAGCAAUGAUCUUCUCUACGUACCCUGCUUCCAAUGUGUCCUUGCAGGGAGCCUUUUUCACAGAGUUUACUGCAACAGUUAUGCUGAUCCUGGGUAUUCUAGUCAUCCAUGACGAGAAAAACAAUGGAGCCGUCAAAGGCGCUCAGCCCAUGCUCACGGGUGUGCUGGUCCUGGGCAUUGGUCUGGGAAUGGGGCUGAACACAGGCUAUGCCAUAAACCCCUCCAGGGACCUGCCCCCACGGAUCUUCACGGCAGUGGCUGGCUGGGGAAUGGAAGUCUUCUCGGCUGAUCAUUCCUGGUGGUGGAUUCCAGUCACAGCUCCAAUUCUUGGAAGUCUUUUUGGUGUUCUACUCUACAAACUCUGCAUUGAAUUUCACAACCAGCCUGACCAUGAAGCUGAACCUGAGAAAGAUCAGGCAGGCAUGGAGACUUCCCAACUGUGA